AACACUGGAAGGAGUUGAAUAUGGACACAACUGAGAUGAACAGCAGCCAUUUUGGUAAGAUACCUGGCAAUUGCGGGAUCCAGCUGCCAAAUGAAGCGAUGUCAACCAUGGUUUCUUGUUAGGUGGGCGGUUGCUCAGUGUUGUUUGUUACUGACUGAAGAACGUGGAGUCGCAACGAGCAUUUUGGUGGAAGGGAGAAGAGGAACGAAUCUUUCCACCCGCGCGCACACACACACACGCACACACCAAAUUUCGUUCCCGAAUACCAUCUCGUUAUUCUCCUUUAAAAGAAGGAUUCAUCUCGUUUAGAAUUUACUGCUGUGUUUUUGGUUUGUGAAAUUGGUACCGAAGAUGUCGUACGACGCUGCCCUUGAUUUGCUGAGAAGAUUGAACCCCCAGAACAUCACGGAGAACUUGGAGAAGAUCAUCCAUUUGAACCCAGAUCUUGCGGAGGACUUACUCUCCACAGUUGACGUGCCAUUGAGCAUUGCAAAGGACCCUACCAACGGCAAGCCUUUCCUGACUUGUGAUUACAACCGAGACUUGGACUCUUUCAGAUCCCCGUGGUCCAACAAGUACUACCCUCAGUUGGACGAUGAUGACUCUCCGUAUCCCUCUGCAGCGCUUAGAGAAUUGGAGGUGAAGCUGAACGAUGCCGUUGACAUCUAUAGAGAUCUGUACUACGAAGGAGGUAUCUCCAGUGUUUAUCUGUGGGAUCAAGACGACUCUGUUGAGAGCGGAUUUGCCGGUGUUGCGCUCUUCAAGAAAUCCACAGAGGAUAACCAAGGUCUUUGGGACAGUAUCCACGUGUUGGAAGUUGAAAAGAAGAGCUCCACAAAGUACCUGUACAAGGCUACAUCUACGAUCAUCCUUGACCUCACCAAAGUGUCCAAGGAGAACCGUGUCAAGCUGAGCGGUAACUUGAUCAGACAAAAUGAAAAGAUUGGUGAGGUUGAAAAGGGUGAUUUGUAUGGACACAUCGUCAACAUUGGUUCGCUUGUGGAGGACGUUGAGAGUAAAUUGAGAAACUUAUUGCAGCAAGUGUACUUUGACAAGACCAGUGACAUUAUCGGCGAUCUGAGAACGCUUGGUUCACUGUCGCAGUUGAAGCAGGAGAAGGAGCAGCAUAGUGAGGUGAUCAAGGGAAUGCAAGGUCUAUGAGCGAAACCAGUAGCAGCGAGCGUGGGCCAUGAAUGUCACAUAGUGGGAGAGGCACAAUCGGAUGAUUUCUGGCAUAUACUCAAUACAUUCCAAAGAGCACUGUGACGUGUGUGGCUUCUUAAUCUGCCUAAUCCAGUAUCUGAUGAUCUUCGUAUCUCGAACCAUCUAGAAAUCAGUCCAUUUCUCUCCCCCCCCCCGCCAAAAAAAUCAAGUUAGGUAAGCUAUUUGGUGGGCUCAUCGGGUGGCACGACGUCGGUCUACCAGAAAUAAAGCAAACCCCAUGCUUCUGGAACAUCGAAUAAACACAUCAUACAUGCAUCAUCUUGCCAGCUACAUUGGUCCUUGUGUAGAGUUUAUAAGAAUAUAAAUAUAGUGAAUAUCAAAACAAUUUUUUUGUG